CAUGCAUACUCGCUAGUUAUACUCUGUAACGUCAUUUCGCGUUCUUCAGCCUGACAGAGAUCGCCCCAUGUCGUUUCAGGCGGCCGUGUCUGCGACUCCCUGUACCUGGUGGUCUGUGACGAGCCGCUCUGUGCAGAGGGCGCGGUCCUGGGACUCGUCCUGUCGCAGAUUGGAGACCGGCUGGACUGGCGUAUGGGGGAGGCACAGCAGGCUCGGCGAGAUGGACCCAGGCUGCGGGGCUCCACCAUCGUUCGCGCUGCCUACAGCUACAAAACACGUCACUGGUUUCCAAGGCAGGCUGGAAAGACCCCACACUCGAGGAGCACAAAGCAAGCAUGGACAGGAGCCCCCUUCACACCAACCCUUAGGAGGGGCUCCAAUGUGUCCCUGAUGCUGGAUGUGAGCUCCCUGGGAAACGUGGCGCCCAUCUGCUCCAUCUCCACGCCGCGCGAGAUCACCCUGCACGUCCUGCGCAACAGAAGCCACCUGCUGUCAGGGGAGGAGUUGCAGGAUGCUGCCCGGGACCCGCAGGAGCUGGCUGCAGAGUUCUCGAAAAUCCCAUCCAAUUUUGUAGACCAGGCUGAACUGGAUAUCCCUGGCCACGCCUUAAAGGACCGAUACAAAACCAUCUUACCCAACCCCCAAACCCGAGUGUGUCUCCGGAAGAAGGGGCAUGAUGGUGAUUCCUACAUCAACGCUAACUAUAUCCAGGAGUACAAAGGUACUGAGAAGAGGUUCAUUGCCACCCAGGGGCCCAUGGUCAACACAGUCUCUGAUUUCUGGGAGAUGGUGUGGCAGGAGGAUUCCCCGAUUAUCAUCAUGAUAACCAAACUGCAGGAGAAGAAAGAGAAGUGUGUCCUCUACUGGCCAGAAGAGGAAGGGCAGUAUGGCAGGUUCAGAGUUUCUGUGGACAGAGUCAGUGACUGUGAUGGGUAUACUAUCCGAGAGCUGACUGUUAAGCUUGAAGAGGAAAUCCGCCGUGUGAAACAUUACUGGUACUCGUCCUGGCCAGACCACCAGACCCCCGCCUGCGCCACACCCCUGCUGCAGCUGGUCCAGGAGGUGGAGGAAAGCCGAAAGGGGAUGCAAAGUCAAGGACCGGUCAUCGUGCACUGCAGCGCUGGAAUCGGGCGGACAGGUUGCUUCAUCGCCACCAGUAUGGGCUGCCAGCAGCUGAAGAGCAGCGGUGAGGUGGACGUGCUGGGGAUCGUGUGCCAGCUGCGCAUCGACAGGGGUGGUAUGAUCCAGACCUCUGAGCAGUACCAGUUCCUCUACCUGGCGCUGGCCCAGUACAGCAGACAGCUUCGACAGGCCCUCCCAAAGCCUGAACAGUGAGGACCCUCCCCCUCAAUCAACAGCACAUGAAUGUUUUACAGAAUUUAUAGAAUCUCUAUUUUUCCAUUGAAGAAGAUCUGAUCUCUUUUAAUACAGUAAAUACGUGCGCCUGCCACUGGCCUUACAAACCUGUUCUUCAGGACACUAUAAAUUAGGUUUGAUGUAUAUAAUGUGAAAUUCCACAGGAGAUUUGCACAUGUUUCCUGGUUUAUUUUCUACGGGAAUCUUAAAGGAUUCACAGCCUUCUAUGUAAGCCAGCGUGACGAGAAAGCACAGUGAUGCUGCCGGAGAGCCACAAAAAAGACCUGUGACUAAAAAACUUUGUAGAGAUCGGCAGAAAGAAAAGGGUUAAAUUGCUAUGGCAGCUAUUAAAAACUCAAUAGUUCUGAAUUCAGAAACAUCUUAAACUCAAUGACCAACAUUUCGAGAAGUCUUUCUCAGUGUCUUCAACAGAAACGUCUCUUCAAAAGAAAAGGUCUCUUCAUCGAAACGUUUGUCAUUGAAGGUAUUACGUUUAUUUUUGUAUUUUUAAAGUUAACAGAAAAAAAGCCCUUUAUUAUUAUUAUUUUAUAUAAGUGCAAUUGUUUAUGCCUCUUGUUCCUGUCAAAUAUAUUAAGACAGGCUUGAUGGGUGGUACACUGCCACCUUUCAACAAUAAGCGGUAUUACAUCAUUGAGAAAUUGAAAACAGAAUUCUGGUCCUCCUGUUCCACUGCUAUCUUGAGGUCCUGUACUUAAGCAUAGUGUGAUCUGGGUUUGAGUUGAGCUCUUCUCUCAGUCUGGAUUAAUACUUUGGCUUUUCUACAUCUUUUUCUUCCUUUUUUAUCACUUUCUACUAGAAUUGUUCAAAGCAGGCAGUCGCUAAAAUUUGAAACAGCGCUGUCAGCAACCGAUAACAGUCAUCAGUGUGCACAUAGGUGUGUCCUGAUGAGUAAGCUGUUGUUUUUAUAAUCAUGCCUAGAUGUCUCUUUGGUCUUUUAGGUAUGCUUUCGAGAAUUCGAGCAGAUGUUUUCUGAGGUAUUCUCUCUUUCUAAGUGUCAUUGCAGAACAAUGAGAUUAAAUUGACUUUGUAAAGCAGGGGAAGCACAGACUCUCCUAAUUAAUAAAAGAAGGUUCCUGCUGUAUAUGACCACGAGGUUCUUUAACCCUUUCCCUGGAACAUUUCCUGCAUCUAGUUGGUGUUGAAUAAAGAACCACUGUGGACUGUUGGAGCACAGCAAUACGUUGAACUAUUAGGUGUUCCAGCACCCUUAUUCUAGAACCCCUGGGGCCGAGAUCGAAAGCCCAAAAGAACCAUAGAGCUUUCAAGGAGAGAGAUAAGCAUCUGAGAGCCUCGCCCAGCUCACCGCGCACACACAAGCCCAUAAGAGACACACCUGGCCAGCGGCAUUCUUCUCUAGCGGUCUUCAUUUAGAAAGGCUUCACACUGCUUUGUCCACUGAGGUCCUGGCAGCUGUGCCGGUGAGGGAUUAAUAAAACCAUGCGUGUGAUUGUUUUGUAGUUAUCUAAUAAAAGAGCUUUUUAUUUAAGCAAG